AUGAAUGCAAUUCCUGGAGAGCCACAUACCCCUGAAGCGUCAGAGGAUGCUUUUCCUGAUCCUCUUCCCCCUCUUGAUGGCUCCUCGUCUUUGAAGCAUCGGACGCUAAACUGUCGACUUUUGCCACAAAACGCUUUGGGAUCCGCUCCCCCUCUGACUUUAAAUGAGUGGAGGCUCGGCAAACCUCUUCAAGAUGGCUUCUUUGCAGACUACUUCAAGCAACCAUGCCAUUUCACCCGGCCACCCAUCGAUACUUCUGAGAGUCUAGACUCUGCGUUACGAGAUGCAGAAAAGCAGAAUCGCAAGCGCCUUAAUGGCUCCACCAUUUUGGACAGAGAUGUUGCUCGUGUUCUGGAGCCCCUUAUUAGACAGAUAGAGUCUAGCGAGAACAAGAAGUUGGACCAGAUGAGGAUGGUCUGGAAGAAGGUCCAGCUGCUUCAUGCACAAUUCGAUGUCUUGUGGCGCAACUUGGAGACAACUCCUGGUGUUGUUGUCAAGACUGAUCAAACCGUUGUCUCGGCUAGGUCAGGCCUACUUCUGCAACCAAGUGAAUGGGAUACGAUUCUCACCACGAUUGCUUGCGCAUAUCGGCUCAUGACCUUCUUCCCAGGCCGAUUCACAGAAUCUCCUGCGGACGUCAACAACACUAUUUGGGGACACAGCCGAAAUAAUUGGCAAGUGGCGCUCUGUGUUAUUGAUCAUUUUAGAUUUCGACGGAGGAAAAGUAAAGUACCCCGGGCACGCAAUUUCUGGCCAUUGAGAGCAGCACAAUGGUUCGGUUAUGAUUCAGACCCUGAGGUCGAGUUCGUACGCCUGUACGCACGCCGGAUGAUCGAUGAUAGGCGUUUCGAGCUAUCGAAUAUGUGCCCAAGUGUUACCCAAUACUCUGGCGUAGACUUGGGUGAGAUGGCCGAUUUGCACGACAUCAAUCGGGUGCUUGGAUUUGAUCCAGCUAGCAAUCCAUCAAGUCAGGCCAUCUCAUGGCGUAUUUGUGAGCGAAUCUCAGAAAUCCUCCAGAUGUUCGGUCCCAGUAUCGAUAUCGAGGAAGAUAUCAAAAAACGACCAAACGAGUUCUUGUUUCGCCCUUUGCAAGAAAACAGUGCUACUGUGAUGGAAUGGCUCUUUUCCAGCGCUGGAGUUCAAUACAAUGGCUACUUGGCAGCUGAUAUCUGCAGAUUAGGGCGAAUUCAUCAAUUGAACGCCGUUACGGAUAAUGGUGUUGACAAUAAGCGGGAUGCUGAUUUGGUAUCUAAAACCGUGCAAAGAGCACUUCAGAUCUUGGCGAUCCAAAAGUUGACAGACGUCGAUAUACAAGAUCGAUCGGAGAUUCAUGCUGGAAACUCAACCCCACGAGUUCAUGUUCGGACCAUUGAGAUGGGAUUAUACGAGGGCAACAUGUCUACUGUCAUGUACGACUUCAUCAUGGAGCACAUGUACGGUCAGAUGCCCAAGACACAAGACGCAGUACCGCUGCAUGCGAACAGAGGCCAUAUUGGAAAGCCGCCACCUACUCGCCUUAGCAAUGAAGCACAGAAGAUUCUUUCCUUGGCGUCCACGCAUGUCGAUUUCACCAUCUUAUCCAAGGCCAACGUGCGAAACAUCCAGCUCAUUGCGGAGUUUGAUGAAAAGCUAUCUGGAACGGCUGGGAGAAAUGCGGCUCUGCGACACGAUCGUAGUGGCGGCCUUCAGUGGUAUUUCUAUCACACUCGCUCAGACAGCACGUUUACAGUGCCACUGGUAGGUUACGAGAUGAUGUCGAGCAUCUGCUUCAGGUCUCCCAAGAUGGCAUAUGUCGCUAGAAAAGCAAUGCAGGUGAAGCAGCAAAAGAAACGGCUUCUGGUUUACUGCAGUCAUACUUUGACACAGGCUGUUGUGUGCGCAUUACUUGUUCAUGUAGGAGUCAAAACACUGCAGAUUCGCAAGCAGCACACGGAAGCACAGAGAGAUGAAGCACUGGCACUCUUCACAGACCCAACAUCCAAUGUAGAGUGUUUGGUUACAUCCAUGGCAUUGGACACCGUUGGAAUCGAUCAUUAUGCCUGCUGUUCGUACGGUAUAAUCUUGGAGCUGCCGGAAACUGCAACUACGCUUUUUCAAGCCAUCAGCCGUUCGAGUUCCGCAGGCAAAUUCUUUUGGGAUAUUCUUAUCUGCAGAGGGACCUUUGAUUCAUACCAAGAGUCUCGCCUAAUGGCCGAGCAAGCCAACAUUUUGGUAGCUGGAGCUGGAGCUCGAAUCCCAAGCGAAAUCCAGGGGCGGCUUCGAAUCAUCUGCGCCUAUGAAGUCCUAAGGGUAUGUCUAGGGCAGCGGGUAAAUCUCUAUCCGCGAAAGGGAGCUGAAUGGGAGCUCUUUGACGACGAGCCCUUCAUCAAGGAGGGAGAAUUUUAUUCCGCCUUGGCGCAAUUGGUGUUGAAAGAACCGCAUUUGGGUGUUCAUUGUACGGAAGAAAACAUCCAGAGGAUCAGUGCCUCCUGGAAACCCAGCAUGGAGUUGACGGCGGAUCACAUCCGUGGCAAAAUGCUGGUGCUGCCGGAUGGAGUUUCUCUACGUAGUUUUGAAAACCAUGAGGGCGAGGGUGAGGACGAAAAUGGCCAAGUUGACUAUGAGGAUACGAUUGGCGAGGAGUUUUUUGAUUGCAUGGAGAUGUGCGAAUGAAUAGGAGUAUGUAACGAACCGAGUAAAUGUAGAUGUAGAUGGAGGUAUUCACUGAUGACUGCGCUCAACGGCUUGAGAGACAUGAAAUGUGGAUAAUAGGGGUAGCUAGUUGUAGAUGAGUUGAAAACAAGAAGAAAGCUAUAAUGUCCUGAG